UUCCCGUGACUGCCCGCUACCCAGGAAGUCGUCGUGUUACUUUUCUCCUCCUCCUCUUCCAGUCUUGCGAGAAAAGAGAGAAACUAAGGGACGUUAAGUUGCUUUCAUAGCCCGGAAACUAGAAGGAGAACAGUUUCACAGCGGCUCCAUAAGGCCUCUCGGCUCCUGUCGUUUGCCUUUGCCGAUUGUCAUCGAAGAAACGGUGCAGAAAUGGCCACAAGAGGAAGAAAUAGUCACACAGUCAAGGUGGAAGAGGAUAUCGAAAGUUGAGAAUCUGACAGAAUCACAACUUUUCACCAAUAUGAGUCCUGCCCUUCAUCAUAUUUUGUCCAUCUUCGCCUUCAUUGACACUGUAUUGUGUCCUUAUACCUUUAUUUACGGCACAGUGAGCCAACAAGCUGCAACCCCAGAUCUCUGAUUAUGUGCUUGUAAUGAUACACAGGCUGCCCUUCCCAUAUCUCAUUCCUAUUGUCUGUAACAAGGACACGUCUUUCUAUUCAGACCCUGUCCUCUUGAACUCACCUCCCUCCCUUUGGGUUUCUGGGCCAUGCUCCGUAAGAAAGGCUCUCUCAUUCUUUGUGGUACGUUCCUGUUUGUCACCUGGAACGCCAUACUAGUGCUUCUGCUCUGGGGCAGACCCCCACCUGGCCAGCUGGGUGAGCCUGGCCGAGAGCAGAGCGAAGUGGCUGAAAGGCCAACCAAUGAUGUGGUGGGAGAUGUGCUCCGAAUGGCAAAUGCGUUCGAAGCAGAGCUUGAAAUGCAGAAAGAAAUCCUGCUGCAGAUCCAGAAUUAUCAGUCACUGUGGGAGCCAUCAAACAAAGACAGACCAAAGGUUGUCGUCCCCCGUCAGCCUGUCAUUCCUAUCCUGGUAAUCGCCUGUAACAGGGUCACCGUGAGGCGCUGCUUGGACAAACUCUUGCAGCACCGUCCUUCAGCAGAGCUGUACCCAAUCAUAGUGAGUCAGGACUGUGGACAUGCAGAGACUGCUGAGGUGAUUCGUUCUUAUGGAAAUCAAGUAACUCAUCUGAAACAGCCGGACUUGUCAGAUAUCGCUGUGCAACCACAGCACAAGAAGUUUCAGGGUUACUACAAAAUCUCCAGGCAUUACCACUGGGCUCUCAACCAAGUAUUCAAGACCCUUUCUCAUUCCUCUGUUGUGAUUGUAGAGGAUGACCUGGAGGUGGCGCCAGACUUCUUUGAAUACUUCAGAGCCUUGCUGCCACUCCUGAAAUCUGACCCCAGUCUGUGGUGUGUGUCAGCAUGGAAUGACAAUGGCAGGGAUGGCUAUGUGGAUCCAGGCAAGGCUAACCUGCUCUACCGGACGGACUUCUUUCCCGGUCUGGGAUGGAUGCUCCUCAAGGAGGUGUGGGAGGAGCUGGAGCCCAAGUGGCCCGCUUCAUUCUGGGACGACUGGUUGCGUCAGCCAGAGCAGCGCCGCAACCGUGCCUGUAUACGCCCCGAGAUCUCACGAACUUUAACCUUUGGCCGGCAAGGCGUGAGUCUGGGUCAGUUUUAUGACAAGUACCUGCGAUACAUUAAACUGAAUACCGAAUUUGUGCCUUUCACCAAGUUAGACCUGAGUUACUUGAAGGAGGAGACGUACAGAAAAGUUUUUGAGAAGGAGGUUUACAGUGCUCCUAUGGUGACAUAUGAAGAUGUCAAGCAGGGGCAGCUGAAAGGACCCGGGCCCUUCCGCCUUCAAUACUCAAGUAAGGACAGUUUCAAAGUGAUGUCCAAAAACCUGGGAAUCAUGGAUGACUUGAAGUCUGGAGUCCCAAGGACAGGAUACAGAGGGGUUGUCAGUUUCAUCUCAAGAGGACAGAGAAUCUACUUAGCCCCUCCUCCAGGAUGGACCCAGUAUGAUACCACCUGGAGCUGAUGACACAGCCCAAAGCCUAUGUGCAGAAGCCUUUUUGUAAUCUCUAAUUGUCAGUUGGGGAACGCAUUCCAAACCAAAGACUUAUCUCCUUAAAGUUUCUCUUUGAUUGAAUGAUAUGUCUAGCUCAUCGUCCUUGAUAAUGCGGAAUGGAUUGUCCCUCUUUCUGGUGUAGGAGUUAUUGCCAAUGCCACUCAGGUCUUUUUCAUUAUUCCAAAAACAUUUCUUACAGUGUUGGAUACAGCCUAAGCAAUUUGUCAGACAUAACUGCUGUUAUUCUGUGGAAAUCUAUUUUUAUAUUAUGCUAAUUGUGCACAUGAUUUUCAUUAAUGAAUUCAAUGCAAUUCCAUAGUUUGCCACUUUUGUUUAAAUUAUUUGCAAUUUCUGGUAGCCUGUAUGAACUGUUUGUGUCUCGUACAAAUAUGAAAACAAUCUGUGGUAUGGUUGCUUAUGGUGGUGGUGACUGGUCAUAACUGCAGUAUAAUCUGUCAUAUGAUUCUCAGUGUUUGUCUUUAAUGAAAAUCAGCUCUUCCUGCUUACAUUUUACAGUCAAAUCAUUUUGUUUAAUGAUUCUCCAAUGUAGUGCUCCUUGCAGGUUUGUUACCUUGCAAACUGACAUUUGUGUUUGUAUAUUUUCGGAAUAAAAAACAAUACAUAA